UGUGAAAUGCAGGCUCCUGAACUCUGGGGGCCUGUGGAGCUGCUGUCUAGACACAAAUCAUGAGCGGCGGGUAUGAUCUCAACCCCUUCGCCAGCCCUCCUGACAGCAACUUCGUGUGCUCCGUCUGCCAUGGGGUUCUCAAGAGGCCAGCAAGGUUGCCAUGCAGCCACAUCUUCUGCAAAAAGUGCAUCCUCCAGUGGCUAGCCAGACAAAAGACCUGUCCGUGCUGUAGGAAAGAGGUGAAAAGGAAAAAGAUCGUCCACAUGAAUAAACUCCGGAAAACCAUUGGCCGUCUGGAAGUCAAGUGCAAGAACGCUGACGCUGGCUGCAUAGUGACGUGCCCCCUGGCCCAUCGCAAGGGGCACCAGGAGUCAUGCCCCUUUGAGCUAAUGGCCUGCCCCAACGAGGGCUGCACCUCGCAGGUGCUGCGUGGGACCCUGGCAGAGCACCGGCAGCACUGCCACCAAGGGUCCCAGCAGCGCUGCCCCCUGGGCUGCGGGGCCACCCUGGACCCAGCCGAGCGCGCUCGCCACAACUGCUACCAGGAGCUGCACAAUGCCUGGAGCGCGCGCCAGGAGCGCAAUCGGACCCUGAUGCUGUGCCUCCUGCGGCGCGUGCGCUGGCUGCACCAAGCCACCAGCGUCGUUCACAGAGAGCUGGCGGAGCUCAGCAACUUCCUGGAGGCAGACACCGCUCUGCUGGAGGGCGCCCCACAGGAGGCCGAAGCCGCCCCAGAAGGCAACGUGGGGGCUGAGGUGGUGGGGGAGCCCAGGGCCAACGUACCUUGUAAAUAGGUAAAUAAAAGCGGAGCCCAGG